AUGGCAGAAAGAAGAUUAAUAAAAGAAUAUACAAAAUAUCAAAAACAAUCACCAACAAAAACAAAUCAUCAAAUAUUAAAUUUAAAUCCAAUAUCAGAUAAUAAUUUAUUUAAAUGGGAAUCAACAAUAACAAAACAAACAUUAGAAGAUUCACCAUAUUAUUAUGGAGGUAAAUGGGAUCUUAUAAUAGAUAUUCCUGAAAAUUAUCCACAACAACCACCACAAAUAAAAUUCAAAACUAAAAUAUUACAUCCAAAUAUAAAUUUUAAAACUGGAGAAAUUUGUUUAGAUAUAUUGAAUAAAAAUUGGGUACCUACAUGGAAUUUAGAAAGUGUAGUAAUUGCAAUAUUACAAUUAAUUGAUUAUCCUGAAAUUAAUUCUCCUUUAAAUAUUGAUGCAUCAAAUUUAUUUAGAGAUGAUAAAUUAGCUUUUGAAAGUUUAGUUCAAUAUCAAAUUUGGUUAAAUGAAAAAAAUUUAAAAAAAUGUGAUAUUUCAGGGUUGAAAAAUUGA